GUAAAAAUAUUUCUUACCAAGAACCCUAAUUUCUUGCCUCAGCAGGGAGAAAGAGGAGGAGCACUGCAGUGCCGAGGCGCUUGGAUCUGAUCGAAAUCCCCGGGUGCGCCGUCCACGAUGAACGAUGCCGAGGUCGCCAAGCAGGUCGCGCAGAUGGUGAGAUUCAUCCGCCAGGAAGCCGAGGAGAAAGCCAACGAGAUCUCGGUCUCCGCGGAAGAGGAGUUUAACAUUGAGAAGCUGCAAAUCGUGGAGGCCGAGAAGAAGAAAGUCCGCCAAGAAUACGAGCGCAAGGAGAAACAAAUCGAGGUUCGUCGAAAGAUCGAGUACUCCACGCAGCUCAAUGCGUCGCGCUUGAAAAUCCUGCAAGCGCAGGACGAUCUCGUCUGUGAGAUGAAGGACGCUGCCAUGAAGCAGCUCCAAAACACAUCAAACAACCAAGGAGCUUAUAAGCAGCUUCUCAAAGACCUCAUCGUCCAGGCCCUGAUAAGAUUGAAGGAGCCUGCCGUGCAAAUUCGCUGCCGAGAAUCCGACUAUAAGCUCGUCGAGUCUGUCCUCGACUCCGCGAAAGACGAGUACACGUCCAAGACCAAGCUGCAGCUCUCGGAAGUCAUGGUGGACGGUCGAAAGUUCCUCCCCUCUCGCCAAGCCGACGGCCUCUCCUGCGCCGGAGGGAUAGUUCUCGCAACCAAGGACGGCAAGAUCGUGUGUGACAACACCCUCGACUCUCGCCUCGAAAUCGUUCACAAGCAAAACCUUCCAGAAAUCCGAAAGCGCCUGUGUGGAUCCAGACCGAGAGCCGGAGCGUAAGACGAAGAACUCGCCAUGCAUUCUAUUAUUUACGAUAUAGGCGUGGUAAAAGAAGAGAAAAAUCGAGCGUGGUUUGCAACCAUUGCUUGGUUUUCUUUCUUUUUUGGUUUAAUAAGAGCUGACGUUGUGAUAAA